UCCUCACUCCUCCUCCUCCUCUCUCUCUCUCUCUCUCUCUCUCUCUCUCUCUCACCGCCAAAGUCGACGAUCUAUUUCAAACCCUAAUAUUUUCAUCUUUCUCGCUCAAUUCAAAACCCUAAAUGCCCUUCCUCAAUCUUUCAACUUUCCCUUUACAGAAAAUUUCCCGGGAAAGUCCGGAAAUUUUCCCGGAAAUCCGAGGCUUGCCCAUUUUCAUGUGGUUCGGGCAUUGGCUUCCCGUUUAAUUCAUUCGUUUCUUUCUUCACAACCCAUGCCUCGAAUUCUCCAGUUCAAUCAAAAGUUCGAGCUUUUCUUCAAACCCUAGUCUUUGAACUUCAAUCAGCCAUGAAUUUGGGUCCAAUCUACAUAAGCUCCGACGACGAACUGGGGCGGAACGACCUGGAUGAGGAGGACAACUUUGAUUGGGUAUCGGAGCUUUUGGAAUCCGUCGACAAGGUAACCGAUGACGAUGAUUCCGAUGACGUUGUGGUGAUUAGUGAGGUCAACUCCAAGCCUAGGCAAAAGUCUUCGAAACGGACGGUGGCGGAUGAUGACGAUGAUUGUGUGGUCUUGGACGGCGACCCGGAUAAGCCGGUUUCGGUGGUGGAGGAUUCGGGUAGCGGCUCCGACGAGUUGCUUGUGGUUGGGGAAACGGGGCAGGUAGCAUGUAGAGACUACCCUCAUCCACGACAUCUUUGUGCCAAAUUCCCUUUCAAAACUACCCGGCACGAGAACCACUGUGAUCGUUGUCAUUGUUAUGUCUGUGAGUCGCUGGCACCAUGUGUACAUUGGAGCACCGGAGGCUCCAACUUUAAUCAUUGUCAUGCCACGGAUAAAGAAGAGACAUGGAGAAUACAGAGAAAAAAAUUCAAGACACCGAAAAUUGCACCAUUACCAGCUUUAAACAAUCUGUCACCGACUAAACACAGUCCAGUUCCACCACACAAUAUUAUUCAGUUGGCACCUAACUCUAUAUCACAGAAUCAGCUCUCAAGGCCAGCUACAAUUCACCAUUGUACCUCAGCUGGUCGUACCAUGCCUAGUAUCAGAAGCCACCAAUCAGAAUAUCUUUUCCCUAAGAACCAACUCCAACCUUGUUCAGUUUCUAAGCAGUUGCUUGGUGCACGCACUAAUGUUGUUGGGAGGAACAGAGGUCAAAGUAUUGGUCAUUUAGGCCCCAUCUCUUCUCAUUCGACAUUCAAAAGAGUAGGAGCUCUUGGGGUCUCCUUGCCAAUGAACCGAACCACAUUUGUUUCGUCAAAUAACAGUAGUUGUACCACUCCAUCAGUAUACGGCAGAAGUUCCACUCCCAUGGCAACAUCAAAUGACAGAAACCCCUUGAGGUUGCAGGGUGUUCAUUCUAGUGUGCAUCAAAGCGCCUCCCAGCUCAUGACCACUUCUGUUGGAAAUACAGUGCCCUCCCAACCCCAAACUUAUAGUCAGGCCAUUCCCCAAUCAAUUUAUAGCCAAACAUUUCAACAGCAAGGGAAUCAAAGUCAAAAUGAUAGCCAAAUUUUUUGUGAGCACGAGAUUCCAAGUCCGGAUUCCAGUAAAGGUGUAUUUCAGUAUGGGAAUCAGAGUCAGAAUUAUAGCCAGAAAUUUAGUCCGCAAGGUAAUUUAGGUGUGAGUGUCACAGAUUUGGAUUUUACGAAUUCUGAUUGGGUAAACAAUUCCAGUCCAAACAUUCAGCAGCCUCCUGUUCAGCAGCCUCCAAUUCAGCAACAGCCUCCGCUUCAGCAACCUCAGUUUCAGCAGCCAUCUCCUAUCCAGCAACAGCCUCCAAUUGAAAUAUCUGAAAUUCAAAGCACCGAGCCUGUAUAUGGGCUAGGUGCUGUCAAUGAGCGGUCUAACAAAGUCGCUAAUUUCAGUGGUUUGGAUGAAUUUGAAAGCUGGCUUAUGGAAACCCAGUGUGGUCCGGCAGAAUCAAAUGAUCCGAUGGCAUCUCAUCUGAAUAUCAUGUCUCCCGAGCCCAGUCUCAUAGACUCGCUCAUGUUUGAUUUUGAACCCCCCUGGAAUGGUCUUGCGCAGGUUUAGUCGACUGUAACUGUUAAUCCUUCCCUAAAAGCGGCAAGCUUAUGUGCGUAGGUGAAGUGAUUCUUACUUGUCUAGUUUUUCAAACGAAAAUAUCUGUUUUGACACGCGUGUGAUUCGGCAAAAUAACGUGCUUGUGAGGAGCUUUGGUAGUGUAUAGGUGUUUCAUGUUUCAACUAGUGUACAAGGUAUUCCUAGCUUGGAGAUGCGCUGUAGAGGCAGGUUGUUUCCUAUGUCUUCUACUCGUUAAUUAUUAUUGAUGGGUUUCCAAAGAAAUUUGAGAAUUACGAGUUUCUUUCUUCUAAUAAAAAGUUGUUGCCAGGGUU